CUCAGUCUGAUGGGAACCAUGAGGCUGCGUUUUAGUAUAUGAACGGAAUUCGAGGCAAGUGUACCUGCCUGGGUAGCGGAAUAGAGAAGUCUUUGCGCCAGUGCUUGCCAAACUGUGCGAUAAACGAUAAAGAUGUUAUCGGUGACGAGUCUGAUAAGAGUGCUAAUCGUGCUGCUGCUACGCUGCCAGCUACAGUCAGCCCUGCCACAGCCGGAGGCAACUGUGGAGCUGGAUGUGCUUAGCUGCCCGACGAGCUGCGUCUGCCAGUAUGCCGCCUUCAAUGAGCUGCCCAUCGCACGCUGGGUGAAUCACAUGACCAGCGUGGAUGCUGCGGAUGAUGCCGACUUCCUACUGACCACACACAUCAAGCUGGCAACAUGUCUGCUGCAGGAGGAGAGCGAGACGCUGGCGCUGCUCAGCGCCUUGCCCAUCGACCUGCAGGCGCUAAUCCUGAUGCAUACGGGCAGCCCGGGCAGCCGGCUAACAGUGAAUACGAGCAGUUUGCAUGCCCUCAACCAGCUGAGCACGCUGGAAAUACGCGGCUCAGGCACCACCACACUGAACAUCGAUGAGCCGCUGGAGUUUUUGCAGAAUGCCAACUUCGAGCAGGUCACGUUGCAGGCGAGCGAACGAUUGGAGCGGCCGCAGCACUCAAAGCUGCCCAGCGAUGACUACGAGUACAAGCCGCCCAGUGAUGUGGCUGGCAACGAGGCCACGCCCAAAUAUCAGUUGCAGUUCGAAGCGGAUGCCGCCGUGGAGAUCAUGAGCUAUGAACAGCAUGUGGAGCGGCUGAAGCAGACGCGCAUGCCCAGCUUCUGGGGCUGGAGCCAGCUGGAGGUGUUGCGCAUCCACAAUUGCCAGCUGAGCGAGCUGCACUGGCAAAUGUUCGACGGUCUGACACAGCUGCAUCACUUGAGUCUCGAACGCAAUGGCAUCGAGGAGUUGCAACCGUUUGCCUUCAGCGGCGCGCCACAUCUGAAAAGCCUCUCGCUGGCACACAAUGCGGUCACACGGCUGUAUUACUUGGGCCUGGCUGGACUGCUGGAGCUAGAGACGCUCAAUCUAGCCGACAAUCAUUUGGAGCGCCUGAGCGAGUCGAGUUUUCCGCCCCUGCCACGUCUGCUCAAAGCUGAUCUGAGAGAGAAUCCCAUUAUGUACAUAUUGCCGGCCACGUUUUGGGUCAUGAACGAUACGCGUGAGCUGCUGCUGGGCAGUGAGCUGGCAGCCUUGGAGCUGCGCAGCUGGAAUAGCUAUGGACAAUUCGAUUCGCUGCACAAACUGCGCAAGCUGAGCCUGACCAAUGUGAGCACCGCCAGCUUGGAGCAGGGCGUCUUUAAGGGUCUCCAUGCGCUGGAGCAACUAACGCUGCGUGGCAACAUUGGCAGCGUGCAGUUCGAUGCCUUCGCCGGCAUGGAACAGCUGCGCGAACUGGACCUCAGCCAUUGUGGCAUUGUGGAGCUGUCUAUGGACGCGCUGCUGGGCGUGAAGCGGCUGGAGCUGCUUAAUUUGGCGCACAAUAAUUUGACGCAUGUGCCGAAUGGACUGCUCGACGAUCAGCUGCAGCUGGAGGUGGUGCAGCUGCAGGCCAAUCAGCUGCGCACGCUGCCCACAACUUUUUUCCAGCAGCCGCGUUUGCGUGUGGCGCGUCUCGAUCAGAAUCCCUGGCAGUGUGACUGCGACAUGAGCAACUGGCUGCCGCGACUCACGAACGUGAUGCGCGGCCCCAGCGUCGAGCGUUGUGUGCGCGACAUCAAUGGCGAGCCGAUGCUCUGCCGGCACGUGGUCAGCUAUGAGACGGACAAGAAACUGGUGCCACGUUGUGCCAACUACAAUGGACGCAGCGUUUACUAUGUGCUGCGCAGGCAGCUUCACUGUGGAGCCCCAUCCAUACUGGCGCCCUCGAAGGGAGGCAGCACGCGCGGCCUGCCCCAUUGGCGUAAAUUGGAGCUGCAACAGCAGCACAAGCUGGGCUCCAAGAAGAAGCAGCAUCCGCACAAGAAACAACGCAAAUCUCACUUGGCGCAAAGAAACAAUUUGGAACACAUUUUGAAAGAUCAGCAAAAACUACAGAACGAAGCAGCCUCGACUCAAACCGAUAGCCAGCAAAUGUCCAAUGAGAUUUAAUAACAACAAGCACACACACACACCCACACACACACACACACACACUCGCACUUAGUUUAGCUUUAAGUUGAAUUUCAAUAAUUAUGAAUCUUUAAUACGCAAACAACUAAUUAGAAUUAAUAAAAUAAAUAUUUAAGUACAAUUAGGAAAUAUUAAACAGGAAAUAUUUAAAUGUGAACUGUUUAGCGAUGCGAUCAGAGAAACCUUAAAGAAGUUCAUAAAAAGAAUAAAGAACUAUGGAAGAACUUAAAACCUUCUAGACAUAGCACUUAGAAGCCCUGCUAUGUGAGAGCUGCUUGCUUAAAGGAGUUACGGAGUUUGGAACGGGUUUACUUAUCUAAUAGAACAAAAGCUUGUAAUUGAAGCGCCUUAGCUAAAUAUACUUUAAAAACUAUUAUACU